AUGGCGGCUUCGCCUCCCUCGGAGUCGCGUAUUUCGGACGGCCCGGGCAGCUGCGUGCUGUGCUGCGGCGAGCUGGAGGUGGUGGCCUUGGGCCGCUGCGAGCACCCCAUCUGCUACCGGUGCUCCGUGCGGAUGCGGGCGCUCUGCGGGGUCCGGUACUGCGCCGUCUGCCGGGAGGAGCUGGCCCAGGUGGUUUUUGGGAAGAAACUGCCACCCUUUUCAACAAUCAUACUCAGCCAGUUACAACAUGAGAAGAAAUAUGACAUCUAUUUUGCUGAUGGAAAGAUUUAUGCUCUCUAUAGGAAGCUGCUGCAGCACGAAUGCCCUCUGUGCUCGGAGUCCCGGGCAUUUCCUGCCAUUGUGGAGUUGGAGCAGCACAUGAGGAAGCAGCACGAGCUCUUUUGCUGCAAGCUCUGCGUGAAGCACCUGAAGAUCUUUACAUAUGAGCGCAAAUGGUAUUCACGCAAGGAUCUUGCUCGGCACAGAAUCCAUGGGGAUCCUGAUGACACAUCUCACCGUGGGCACCCCUUGUGUAAAUUUUGUGACGAGCGAUAUUUGGAUAAUGAUGAGUUGCUAAAGCACCUGAGGAGAGACCACUAUUUCUGCCACUUCUGUGAUUCUGAUGGAGCUCAAGAAUAUUACAGCGAUUAUGAGUAUCUCCGCGAACACUUCCGGGAGAAGCAUUUCCUCUGCGAAGAAGGUCGGUGCAGCACCGAGCAAUUCACCCAUGCCUUUCGGACCGAAAUCGACUACAAAGCACACAAGACAGCUUGUCACAGCAAAAACCGAGCUGAAGCCAGGCAGAAUCGGCAGAUUGACUUGCAGUUCAACUAUGCCCCGAGACACCAGCGGAGAAGCGAGGGUAUUGUCGGUGGUGAAGACUAUGAGGAAGUUGAUAGAUAUAACAGGCAGGUGAGAGGAGGCAGGUCAGGAGCCCGAGGUGGACAACAGAACAGGAGAGGCAGCUGGCGAUACAAGAGAGAAGAAGAAGACCGAGAUGUUGCCGCAGCUGUUCGGGCAUCAGUGGCUGCCAAAAGGCAAGAAGAGAAAAAACGGGUUGAGGACAAAGAGGACAACUGUCGCGCCAAGAAGGAAGAUGCCAAAGAUCCUGACCCAACCAUCUCUAAGCGAGGGGUGAAGCCUUCAUCCGAAGAACCAGUUCCCAAGGAAGUGGUUCCCAAGGCUGCCUUAAGGCAAGAUGAUUUUCCUGCCGUCGGCUCGCCAACCGUGAAUUCUGUGCAGAGCUCAUCUCAGUUGGCGCCAGUAAAACUUGAUGAAGAGGACUUUCCCAGGCUCUCCUUCUCCUCUGCUCCGCCCGUGGUCUCUGCCGCUCUGCCCUUGUCCUACAUGGCUACAGCUCAAAAGACAGGCUUUCAAGAGGAGGACUUCCCCGCCCUGGUCUCCAAAGUCCAAUCAAGCAGUAAGAUGGUGUCGACCCUUGCCUCGGCCUGGAGUGGUGGCUCCAGCAAGAACAUGGCCCGAGCCGGGCUGGCCACCGCCGGCCAGCCGGCCAGGAAAGGGGCCCCUCCCGGCAGCAGUAAAGCAAGCAAGAAGAGCAAGGUGAUGCUCCCUGGCAACUCUCAGGAUGGCAGCGGCAGUGUGCCCACUCAGGAAAUCCGCAGCGCACCAACAAUGGUGGAUGUGUCCUCGUUGCUGGCAGCCUCUAACUCUCAGACUUUUGCCAAAGUGGGUAAGAAGAAGAAGGUUGGGACUGAGAAGCUGAGAACAGCCUCGCCGUCCGGCUUGCAGGAGAUGCCAGACGCCCUCCACUCUCUCGAGAAGGUGGAAGAUGCUGAGCAGCCCUCGGCCAUCGCUGCCGGUCCUAACCUGCCCAGCACCUCUGCCGCUCUGGUGAACGGCCACGCAGAAAAGUCCACGCUGCCGUGCAGUGCUUCCAAAGAGCCCCCGGGCCUUAAGAAGCCACACGGGGGUGGCCAGUGCCUGUUGCCUCAGGAAGACUUUCCAGCCCUUGGGAAUGCCGGGCCACCUCGGAUGCCUCCACCCCCAGGCUUCAAUUCUGUGGUGCUACUUAAUGGCCCCCCACCCCCUCCUGGGCUGUCGGUGCCUCUUAGUAAACCACCCCCUGGCUUCACUCCUAUUCCACCCAGCAGUGUUUCAGAAAAUGCCUCGGCUCCUGUGAAAGAGCCCAAACUCUGUCAGGGACCCUAUCUGAUCCUGGACAACUUCCAGCAACGGAACAUCCGGCUAAUUCAGUCAAUCAGAGAAUUUCUUCAAGAAGAUGAAUCUCAGUUCAACAAAUUUAAGACGUACUCGGGGCAGUUCAGGCAGGGUCUGAUUUCAGCAGAGCAGUACUACAGAAGCUGCCAGGAGCUCUUGGGCGCGAACUUCAGGAAGAUCUUCAACGAGCUCUUGGUCCUCCUGCCAGACACAGCCAAGCAACAGGAACUGCUCUCUGCUUACAAUGACUUGAAGGCCAAAGCUCCAGCUGGCUCCUCCCCCUCCUCCUUGAGCAGGUCCAAGAAGAACCGAAAGGUGGUUUGGCAGACCGAGCCGGCUUCCGACCUUGACUGCUGCGUCUGCCCCACCUGCCAGCAGGUGCUGACCCAGCAGGACCUCGUUUCUCACCAAGCCCUGCACCUGGAGGAGGAGGAGUUCCCUUCCUUGCAGGCCAUUAGCCGGAUCAUCAGCUAGCCAUCCCAGCUGACCAAUAAAGUUAGUCUCCCUCU